CGCUCGUGUAUAUAUGACAGCUGAAGAGAGACUGUUGAAACCUGUUAGCCUUUUAUCCGUCCAGAAACAUAUAGCGAUGGAAGUAUUAUUAUUCUACACCCAGAGUCACAGGGGACAACGCCUGCUUUAUUGUUAGCCUUACAGUGGGCUAAACAUCAGCUGUUUUUUUUUAAAGGAUCGGGAUCGAGUCUGUGUUAGAUGGAGAAUUCAGGCGAGUCUAAAUGGACUCUAAAGUCAGAUUCGAGCUCAGAGCCUUUUCCCAAGUGUUGCCCAGCCUGUGAUAGCGGUGAGGAGCCUUUCCGUGGGAAAGUGUUCCGGAACAGGACUAAAACCAGGAGUAUGUCUAUGCCACCAGCACAUUGCUCUGCUAGGUUCAGGAGGACACAGUCACUUCAUGGACCAAGCCCUGUCACCACAUUUGGGCCCAAAGCCUGCAUGCUGAAGAACCCUAAAGCUGUCAUGCAUAUACAAGAUCCAGCCAGUCAGAGGUUGACAUGGAACAAGCCACCCAAAAGUGUCCUUAUUAUAAAGAAAAUCAGAGACGCCAGUCUGCUACAGCCUUUCAAAGAGCUCUGCGUUUUUCUGACACAGCAAAAAAAUAUGAUUGUUUAUGUGGAGAGAAAAGUCAUUGAAGAUCCAGCCAUUGCUAAUGAGAGCUUUGUCUCCGUCAAGAAGAACUUUUGCACUUUUAGAGAAGAUUAUGAUGAUAUUUCCAAUUGUGUCGACUUCAUCAUUUGCUUGGGAGGAGAUGGGACUUUGCUGUAUGCCUCCUCUCUUUUCCAGGAGAGUGUGCCUCCUGUCAUGGCCUUCCAUUUGGGUUCUCUGGGAUUUCUUACACCAUUUAACUUCGACACAUACCAAUCUCAGGUCAACCAGGUUAUAGAAGGAAAUGCUGCGAUUAUUUUACGCAGUCGUCUGCAAGUGAAGGUAGUGAAAGAGUGCAGAGAGAAGGCACCUGUGGAGGAAUCGAGUUUAAUCAUCACUAACGGAGACUCUGAACCCAAACACAAAACUAUGCAGUAUCAAGUGCUGAAUGAAGUUGUUGUAGACAGAGGUCCAUCGUCCUACCUCUCUAAUUUGGACUUGUUUCUGGAUGGUCACCUGAUCACCACCGUUCAGGGAGACGGCGUGAUCGUGUCGACUCCCACCGGAAGCACCGCAUACGCAGUGGCAGCAGGAGCUUCAAUGAUCCACCCGAACGUCCCCGCCAUCAUGAUCACACCGAUCUGCCCACACUCCCUGUCCUUCAGACCCAUCGUAGUGCCGGCCGGCGUGGAGCUCAAGAUUAUGCUGACCCGUGAUGCCCGAAACACGGCCUGGGUGUCUCUCGAUGGAAGGAAACGCCAGGAGAUUGCAUACGGGGACAGUAUCACCAUCACGUCUUCAUGCUUCCCCGUUCCUUCCAUCUGUUUCCGAGAUCCGGUGAACGACUGGUUCGAGAGUCUGGCUCAAUGUUUACACUGGAACGUCCGCAAGAAACAGAGUCAUCUGAGUUCUGAGGAGGAAGAGUUCUGAACACAUUCCCAACACUAUCACUCAACACACAUCCUUUUAACAGACUUUUAACAGUCUAUCUCAUUCAAACAAAAACCGCUCCCAUCUCAUUAUUACAAAAUUAUAUUUUGCUUAAAAAAAUCAACUAUUUUUCGGACCAUUAAUAUUUUUUGCAUUGUGACCGCUUUGCCCCAAAACUUUUUGAGUGUGUAAUCCUGAUGAUUGUGAUUAUUCUCAGUACUGUAAUAGCCAUUAUUAUUGAAUGACAGUAGAACAUUACUGCAAAACAAUAGUUUUAUUUAAAUAUGCAUAAAUGGAAGACCGAUCAACUACUACAGCCAUGAU